CCGUGCCCACCUUGGACAUGGAGGUGCUCCUGAUGUGGAGUCUGACCAGUGCUUCUGAAAAGUCAACAAUUGUUCAGGGUGUGCAGAGCAUUGCUUGCAUCUCUCUUCAAGAGACCUGGGUGCUUCCAGAUCCAGUAGUCCUAGAGAAGCGAGACAGCACGCGCUCCAUUUAUCCAGCUGCCAGCCCUGGGCCCUUUAACAUUCCAGUCACUUCACACCCACGUGUACAUGUGCCCACACACAGAACUCUGCUCUCGUCCGGUGAUGACACCUCAGACACGCAGGCUCCUACAACUUCUGGUCCUCAAACCAGUUGCCUGGAGUGCGUAGUCCCCUCAUCAAGAAAAAAAUGGUUAGAAUUGGAGCUUAAUAUGAUGACAGGACGUACUGCAGUGAUCAGGCACAGGGCACAACCAAACAAGCAUACUGACCAGCAAACUCUUUUCAGGCAACUAACCGUUUUUGUUCCUUUAUCCCCUCCUCUAUUUUCUCUUGCUUAUUCCUCCUCAAAUAACCUUGAUUCCUCCUUUUCAAUAGCUUUUGUUCCUGCCCUAUGCAUCCCACAACAAGCCUUGUACAAUCCAAAGAUGCUCUUCCCCUGCAUCCCUGUACCCCAAAGAUGAGCCCUUUAUCACAUGACCUAAUAAAUAUCUUGACUGCAGUGAAAAGGGGAUUGGAUCAAGAGGAUCUUGACUCAAGAUCGAGAUGAACAUCUGGAAUCUGUAACUUGAAAUCCACCUGUUGUCUCCUCCAUUGCCUUUCCUCUCUCUAUUCAUUGAAAGGCUUUGCUUCUUUGGCAAUGUUGAUGUAAACACUGAGGAUCAGUAAAAGCAAUAUUUAAGUUGGCCUUGUACUGAGAUGAGGUUUUGGUAUGCUUAAAACAGGCUCCUGUUGUACCUGCUCCAGAGCAGAUUCAUGUGAGUAUAACA